UCUCACCAUUUAAUAUUUCCAUUUCCUCAUACAACAUAUAUUUCAUCACACUCAAACCGAAAACAACAAUUUUCCUUAUUUUUGUAGUGAUGGCAAUGAAGAGACAGAGAAACAGCCAAGGAACAGAGAACAUAAAUAUAUCAAAUUGUCUGAUGCUACUUUCUUGUCCACAACAAAAAAACUACGAAAAUGGGGAAUACGAAUGCAAAACAUGCAACAAAAAAUUCUCAUGUUUUCAAGCCCUUGGUGGACACAGGGCUAGUCACAAGAGAAUGAAAGUAAUUGAUGGAGAAGAACUGAAAGAAGAAGCUAAAUCUCUUAGUUUAUGGAAUGAACCAAAAAUGCACGAGUGUUCUAUUUGUGGUAUGAGAUUCUCUUUGGGUCAAGCAUUAGGAGGACACAUGCGAAAACAUAGAGCUGCAACAAAUGAAGGCUUAUCUUCUAUGAAACAAAUGAUUGCGAAAAUUCCAAUUUUGAAGAGAUCGAAUAGUAAGAGGAUUAUGUGUUUGGACUUGAAUUUGACACCUCUAGAGAAUGACUUAGCGUUUGGAAUGAAGUCACCCCCACUUCCACUUUCUUUGUUUUGAUUAACUUUACAUUUUUACCCUUUUCUUCACACAUUUGUAUUCUUUCUAUUUUUUGUGCAAAAAUUCCUUCAUUCUUUUCUUAUAGAUAUAUGCUUUUUUCUUA